AUGGCCACGGGUAACAAAAUCACAGCAGCUUUCCUGGUCUGCAUGCUGUCCAUGCUCACGGCCCUGCCGCCAGCCUACGCAGCCAACUGCCCGCCGCCUUACCCGCCCUACGGCCGCCCCAUGCCACCCACUCCCCGCCACCGCCCACCAUCCAGCCCCAGUCCUCACCCACCACCCCACCACGGUGGCGGCGGUGGUGGCGGCGGCGGUCGCCCGCCACCAAGAGUCCUGCCACCCAUAGUAAAACCUCCACCGAGAGUCCUACCACCCAUAGUCAACCCUCCACCCAGAGUCCUGCCCCCAAUAGUCAAACCUCCACCGAGAGUUCUACCGCCCAUAGUCAAACCUCCACCCAGAAUCCUCCCACCAAGAAUCCUCCCGCCCAUUGUGAACCCUCCGCCGAGAAUCCUUCCACCAAUAGUCAACCCUCCGGUCAUCCUGCCGCCAAUAAUCCCUUCCCCGCCCGUAACAAACCCUCCCGGAAUCAUCCCGCCCAUCAUCAACCCGCCGGGCAUACUUCCGCCAAUCACCAGACCGCCACCGUCCUGUUCCUACCCACCCUACACUCCUCCCGGCGGCGGAGGUGGCGGUAGGCCGGGGAUCAGCCCUCCUCCGGCGGCCGCCACAUGUCCAAUAGACGCGCUGAAGCUGGGGCUGUGCCUGGACGUGCUCGGAGGUCUAGUCCACAUCGGGAUCGGGAAUCCGGUCGAGAACAUAUGCUGUCCGGUGCUGCAAGGGCUGCUCGAGCUGGAGGCCGCCAUUUGCCUGUGCACGACAAUAAGGCUUAAGCUUUUGAAUCUGAACAUUUUCCUGCCGCUGGCGCUUUCGGUGCUGGCGACGUGCGGGCUGACUCCGCCGCCCGGUUUCGUUUGUCCGCCGCUUUAG